AUGCGAGCAAGCAGGAUUUCAAAAAAAGAUUCAGAACUCAUCGAAGGAUCGCGAGAGCACACAGCAGAUGCCAUUUUUAUCGACAUAAAGGAGUUCCCCUCACUUGAAACGGAAGCGAUCAUUGAAGCCUUGGUCAAUCAAAAACCUCCUCAGUACAUAAAGGCACUUCAAGAGUUAUACAGUAACUUCACAAUCGGAAUUUUGACAUACUACAAGAAUAUCAUCAUCGGCGUAAGAGAGGAACCUGACAGGGUCGUCGAAGGCGUUAAUGAAGUCAAGUUCAAAAAAAGAGCGCCACUAUACAAAUCCCUGUAUACGAGCGAUCGAUAUGAAAUGGCAGAGUACUUAUAUGUGCGGAUUAUAUACGAGAAUCUUGGACGUUAUACAUGCCGUCUCAUAAACAGUGACGGAGUAUAUCAAGAGCUAGCAGUCGUGCUAGAUAGGAUUAUGAUAGAAAAUACCAGUUCUUCAAUACCAAUUGUCUACCUCUCGCAAAAAAAUCAAGCAGUAAUUCCCUUUGAUCGGCGUGGAGUAGAUACAUAUAUACAUGAUUUCGAUGGAAAAAAGAUAUCAAACGAAUCUCAUCGCACCGUUCGUUACUUGGACGGAGUUAGUGGAGCAGUUAACCUCAAAAGGAACGCAACAUAUGCUUAUAUGCAUGAUUGGAGAUUACUUCGUUUAAUAAAAACACCCGAUUACUCGAUGGAAUACGUGGCACGCUCAGUUCCAAAGCCAAUAAGCGCAACAUGGUCACCAGAAUUUCCAUCUAGAAUUAUUAUCGAUUACGUCGUUGACUCUGUAGAAGACGCAAAACUUUUGCCUCUCGAGGUGCGUGUGAAACAAGUGUUUCCUGAUGUUCCUUCCAUUUCCUACGAAACGUCAACUCAAAGCGGAAUACAAUGCCACAAAGGCGACACUGGAAACUGCCUCAGAAUUACUGUCAGCGGUGUCGAUGUUGAAAAGAAAUACAGUAUCACUCUGCAACACAAAGUACCUGAGGUAGAAAGUGACGUGAGCGUUUCCAUUGAGUGUUGGACGAAAUAUGAACCAGAUCCGGUUAACGAGUUGAGGAUUUUGAAGAGCAAAAGCACUUAA